AAUUCAAGGGGAGCCAAUUGUUUUGCGAUGAAUAUAUAACAUCUAAAGGUUUCCUAACACAAAACAGACUGUUAAUGGUGUUUUGGAGAACAAAUUAUAAUGAACUCUUUGCUUCAUUUGACGGGAAGAAGAAGUAUGGGAAAAGAAAUGCAUCGCAUUCGUAAAUCGUACAAAUCGAUGAACGACACUGUCCCUCCUCUCCUCUUUCGCUUUACAUUACUCUCAGUUUUUGUGUUGUUUGUGCUCGCAAUUUGGGUUUUCUCCGUUCCCGUCAAGAGAACGCCUUACCAAAUUUCCCGUCAGCUGUCAGAGAGUAUCGCUGCCGACUAUGCCAAGAGGAGUGAUGGGAAGGAUGAGCCAAAAGAACGAGUGGAAGUUUUGUCAUGGGAGCCACGGGCCUUUUUGUAUCACAAUUUUCUGGCCAAGGAUGAAUGUGAGUACUUAAUAAAUAUUGCAAAACCACACAUGGUGAAGUCAAUGGUUGUGGAUAGCAAGACAGGUGGAAGCAUGGAUAGCAAUGUACGGACAAGCUCUGGUUGGUUCCUUAAUCGUGGACAAGAUAAAAUCAUAAGACGCAUUGAGAAAAGGAUUGCAGAUUUUUCACACAUACCAGUAGAACAUGGAGAAGGACUUCAUGUUUUGCAUUAUGAAGUUGAGCAGAAGUAUGAUGCACACUAUGACUAUUUUUCUGAUACCAUUAAUGUUAAAAAUGGUGGGCAGCGUGGAGCUACAAUGCUAAUGUAUCUUUCAGAUGUGGAGAAAGGUGGGGAAACCGUUUUUCCACAAUCCAAGGUAAACAGCAGCAGUGUACCAUGGUGGGAUGAGUUGUCUGAAUGUGGAAGAUCUGGCCUGUCUGUGAGACCAAAAAUGGGAGAUGCUUUGCUCUUCUGGAGUGUAAAGCCUGAUGCUUCAUUGGAUCCUUCUAGUUUGCAUGGUAGUUGUCCAGUAAUUCAAGGCAAUAAGUGGUCAGCAACUAAAUGGAUGCGUCUUAACAAGUAUAGUGUUUGAUUUUUGAUAUUUGAAGGGCCAUAUUUGAAAGAAGUUACUAUUGGAGGAGUUACAAGCAUUUAGGAGAUACACAUGACUCCUUGACUUGAUGACUUGACCACUAUGGAAGAAUGUUGUCACAUAUGGAGAUAGAAGCAUUUAGGAGUUUCCUCGUUGACCAAUUGACUAGAACCUUCUGGCUAGGUACCAUAUUUGGAGAAAUUAUUAAAGGAGGUGAAGGUAGCUGAUUUUUCAUAGCUUCCCAAUUGUUUACUUUCAGGUUGAAGGUAUGAAAAGAAGAGUUUAUUUGCAAGUUGGGAGCUCAAGGGUGAAGUCGUAUGCUAUAGAUAAAAUUUAGUAUUCCCUAUAUAUGUUGUUUAAGUUUUGGAUUUGAUAUUGUGUGAUCUUGAGAGGUUUUAGAUCAGUUGGAUAUCAGUUUUACGAGGGGAGAUUUUGUUC